GUUCGCAUGUAGAAUUACCAGACACCUUGUUUUACAAUGAAAAUUCCUACUUGCCUAGUAUUCAAAACUGUGAUCUCAACACAUCCUGUCACCAUAGUAGUUCAGUACCAUGGAAUCUUCCUUCCAACCCCACAACUCCACCGAAGAGGAUUGAAUGGUUUCGAGGCAAAAGGCUUUACGAAAUUACACUUGGAUCCUUACCGAGCCAACAUCCACGGCACACGAAGGGCCACAAUUCUGAGCACUUCCAGUGGACGAACAAGAAAGGAGGUCACAUCUGGGUUUAGAUGAGAAAUUUGAAGGUUUUCCAAAGCCAAUGCUGGUUGAGAUCGAGAGUCAAUUUCUGAUGUUCAAGAAUCGAUUGCACACACCAAUCGAUCCAGGAGGUGUGGGGCUCAGACUCAUCGGCACUCGCCAUAGCCAUCACCUCCAUAUCAGAUUUCCUAGCACUCAUGCGUAAGAGUUGCUAACAAAUAGAGUUCGGCUUUAUUCAAACCGGCCUCACUGCUCGAACACCGGUCGCGCUCAUCGAUCACUUUUCCUCAUCAAGUCACCUCAUGUGAACUUAUCAAUCUCCAGGCAGCAGCCGACGCGAAAAGCACAAUUCCAAUUGUGCUGUGGGCACACAGCACCAUUCGGACUUGUUUGAUUAUUUGGGGCCAAACCUGUAUUUUUCUCACUGUUCACUUCAGUGAUGAUUCCACCCAUUAAUCCAUGCAUAAUAAAGAAAUCUAUCAAAUUUCCAUAAUGUGUCAAUGCUAAUUUAAUAAAUCACACUUGUCAAAUUUAUCCAAUAUCUCACUUGAUCCUUAACAAAAUACUGGAUUAUUUCGCCCCACUCCACUAAUUUAAGUACAAGCGAUGGCCUGAACUUAAAGGAUUCUCACUUCUACAUGCCUCACCUCGGAUAAAGUAAAGUAAUCUGGUGUUCAGGAAUGAAAUUUAGGUACGAAAUUAACUUCGUGAAGCUUUAGUUCUACACCACUUGACAAACAUCGUAUCGCUAAUGUUAACAUGAUAAUCAUACGGAUAUUUUUCCCGGAGAAAAUCAAGUUCUAAUUAUCUGUUAUUAGUUAACUCGCUUCAUGAUUAGUACAAUUCAAGCUCAACCGGGAGAGACAUACUCCCUCCGUCAGCGUACGACUGGGCUCAGAAGCUGGCAUACUACACUUGACGAGGAAUAGUAGUAUACGAGUGUGCAUGGGAUACUUGAUUGGAACCGUAUGUCAAAUUCUCAAGUGCUCUGUGCUGUCGUCCGCGCCUCAUGCACGCCAGUUGUUGCUCGCGCGUCUGAUAGUACGGGAGGAGCAGCGCCUUUGGCCUUUCUCAAGGAUCGACAAGAUUGCCACUUCAUUGUCGAAACAUCUGGAAGAGCUUUCCCUGCCUUGCGUCAACGCUUCUGUACACUUCAUGGAUGGCUCGAGUUCGAUGAGCUUACGGUGGCUGUGUACUUUGGUCCAACUCGUCACGUUCAUUUCACCACGGCCUCCAAUCGGCCGAUUGACACCAACCGUCCGGAGCUUUGAUGUGUUUGCGCAAUGCUGUCAUUUUUCUGGCCCAUUUCCAUGCCCGCGUGAAAGGUUGGUUACGUCCCUGAUCGCUAAGAGCCGCACAUGCGCAAUUUCAUGCCGUUUUGAACGAGCCAAUCUUUCAGGGGCUCAGCUCAUCUUUCAAUCGAUGAUGUACGCACUGGAGACCCGAGAGAGAGUAGGUGGCUGGAGAUGGCAGUUCUGCAUCACUGGAAGGUAUAGACCGACCACAGCGUAUACAUCGGGUCGUUACGGGACAAGCAGACGGCUCGGACAUGAGCCUAGAAUUGAUUCGGCAGUGCACAAAAUGGCAAGUGUCACAGAACUACCCUUGCUUGUGAAAAGCUGCAACUUAGAAGAUGCAGGCGAAGGGAGGUACGGCUUCGUGUGUGAGAUAGAAGACUGAAACCCGAAAAGGCAAUGAACCUAAUCCACAACCACUCUCAAAGCAGGACCCGAGAAUUGUCAGCUGGGGCAAACUUACACCUCCUUUACGAACAGGGCAUUCAGUGGAGAGCAGUAAGGAGCCUGCAGGGUCUGUAGUGAGACAGUUUGUACUCUGUAGUUGGUGCGAUCAUGAUGUAGAAGGCCAGAAGGUAUGGCAUCAAGGUUACUAAAUUUCUAUGAAAUCCCUCAUCCUCUCUCUGCCUUGCGCCAGUGACAGAGAAAAGGCCCAGAACCCCGAAAUGCAGACACGGUCUCAACGGAACGAAUGACGGACGAGACAGGGCCGAUGCGAAAGUCUUCACUUUCGAUGAAAGUAGGGCUCACGGUAUCCCUUGGCGAAUGCAGACCGACACAGGCAUGACAGAUUCAUUCUUUGCAGUAGCUCUAGUCUGGAGAAGAAAGUGGAGCCGCAUUCCACCCAUUAUAAUACCCUGGACUGGGGAUUAACCGGGAAAAAAACGCGUGAACAUGAAUCUAAUUCCCGCGCUGCAGUCUGAAAGUCGAUGAGCACGGGUACUGCCUAGGCCAUUACGAUUCGCUUCUAGCCGGGGGCAAAGGUAGAGCUGUGACGAAUUCGAAUGUGAAGAGAGAUGGCGAUGGCAACCGACAUUCAGCGCGAACUCGCGAACACGAGGAACGACCACAUGACACGAAACCGCCUUCUGCGAAAUCUGCACCAGCACCUCCCUCCCGUGAGAGGCCCAAAUGUAGACCUAAUGAGCAGGGGGAGAACAUCGCGCAGUUUGUUUUAAUACCGUCUAGUAUUCCCCCCGUCCCAGCGGGACGGACAGGCGCAAGGGGAAUGAUUGGGCGAGCGGAGCGGGGCCCUGACGCCUUCCUUACACAAUCGAGAGCAGAGCAGAGCAGAUCGGUCUCCUCCCCCCCUCGCCCCCCCCCCCCCCCCCCAACGUACACUUCCCGACGAGGGGCGACGAGGUCGGGAUUUUCAAAUACGAAACGGUGGGGGAGCUCCAGGGGGCCUAGCGUAGCGUAGCUGCAUCAGGGGAGGGGAGGAGGCGCAGGGCAGAGCAGUACAGUACAGUACAGCCAGAGGAGGAUACGGGCCUUGAAAAGAGAAGGUUUCCAGGGGGGGCAAUAAUGCCCCUAUAUUUGAAGCUUCUUGACAAGGCAAUCAUCGUCGUUGCGGAGAUCAAGCGUCAGUUAGACAGUAUUACGGCACAUUAAGUGACAACGAGUGCUGUCAGUAAUUGGCUUAUGAUUCAUAUUUCGCGAGAGGUGAAAUUCAAUUGGAUGCUGCUCGAGCCGGGACAUCUGCAUCAAUGGAGAUUUGAACACGUACUGCCGAUCUUCCAAGGCAGAACAUCGCUCAUGAUGCUCUACGACCAGUGUCACUUUCUGCGAAGGUAGGGGCGUGCCGCUUCAUUUACUUUUACUGUACUCGGCCGCCAAAUUAAGCGCAGGAGGCGUUCAAAUUCCAGGACGACUCUCCACCAGAUUUGGAUCUGAUAAAUUGGCGCUCGCCGCUCGGGCACCCCCAAUCAAAAUAUGAUUAUAUGAAAUACGCUUAUAAUAACCUCGACUCCAGGAGGUCUUAAAUGGGAGUCUUUCGGUGAAGAUCACACGGCUGUUUGAAAUGGAUUGUAAGUAUUAAAGUCGUGUCGACUGGUUUAAUUCGGACCUGGUGGGGCCACACGUCAAGACUCUUAAGUUAGCUCGCCUGACUCUCGGGGACGCAGGAAUCGGCCCAAGGGCUCGUCACGCAACAAGUCUUGUUGUUGAUUCCUUCGGGUCCGAGGCUUAUGCAGCCUCCAUGGCUUGAAACCGCUCAAUCAUGAAGCCUCUUGACUCCUCUUGAAUCCUCUGUAAUGACGAAAAGGUCCGAUUGUGCCUUGCGCUCGACCAAGCGUGGCAUCUGCUCGAGCUUCCAAGUACACAACUGUACGCAGAAGCGAUUGAUCAGGAAGUCCGUUAAUGGAUGCCGAGGUUGAGCCCCGACCAGCAUAACCAAAUCAUUUGUGACGAGAGUUGUGGCAAUGCGGCUGCCAGCUGCAUUCAAGGUUUUCCUCUGCGAUCCUUAAUGCAUGCCAUGCCGGAAUCAAUACGGUCUCGCAUCGAGUCUCCACGAGUCCCCCCAUCGAUCCCACUCAAUUGACGCAUCAUCGGAAGCUCCAUCGACCAUACAGUCGGUGCAGAGCAGAGCCCACUCAUGUCUACAAGAAUUCGGGGCCAUUUCCGUUGCUGGAGCCCGACCGCCUCCUCUUGCGGCCUUGCACCAUCGAGUUCCGACUUCGCACACUUAUUCCGAGUGUCCUUGAUUUCGAUCCAGCCAAAGUCCAGAAGAACAGUGCCCAGGAUUUUGGAUAAUGUGUAAAUAUAACCUAUGAUUCCAAACUGUCUGUCAUGAUUACCGCCUUUCAAAUCCAGC